UCUCCAGGACAAGGCGAGGAGAACCGUAGGGCAUUAAGGAGACCAGGAGACCCACGGUUCUUCAGGGGAACGAAGCCCCGUGUUGUGAACGAUUGGGAGAGGACGUUGGUGUUGAGCGUGAUAUCACCUACCAGUCCUUGCAGCAUGGAAGAAGACACUCUAGCUCUGGAGGAUCUUGCUGCUCUCCUAGAUGAAGAUGAUGAUGAGUUGUUUGCUUUGGUUAAUGGUGAUACUGGAGAUGCCAGUCAGGAUGGCGGAUCCCACAAGGAUGUGACCAGCGAACCUGACAAGGCAGAAAAGCAAGAUCUGCAAGAUAAAUUUGAAGGGAAAAAUUUCCAUGUCACUGGAAAGACAUUUGAUCUUGAUGAUAGCCUACGGAAGCAAGCUAAGAAAUGUGUAUUGGACGCGGUGGCAGCGUCUCCCACAUCCGCGUCAACCUCGUCACGACAUAGUUCCAGCCAGCUCAGCAGUCUCGAUGUGUCAGAUGCAGCGUUGCAGAGGGUUGAGUCCGAUCUGACACUCUCUGAUGACGAGGCACGGGCCGAUGAGGCGGCAGCGGCAGUGGACGAAGACGACCCAACCGAGACCGAGAUCCAAGCUCUCGAGGCCAAGCUGGCCAUGCUGAAGGAGAGGAAGCACGCCAAAUCCGCGCCCAAAAGUCUCCAGGAUGUCGUCAGCAAGAUCAAGAAACCAGCCUCGCCGAACAAGUCCAAGUUCCUCGAUACCACGGGCCUGGUGGCGGCGCGCGUGGUGCGCGACGUGCCGUCCUCCUCGGCGGAGGCCGGCGCGCGGGAGGAGCGUCUGCGCGCCAUGCUGCGCCGGCCCCAGAGCCACGUGCACGGCGGCGACACCGACUCCAGCGAGGACGAGGACAACCGCACGCCGUUCGAGACCAAGUACAACGACUUCGGGCGCCAGGAGCGCGCCGAGCACGCGAACCGGGCCACCAAGCGCGAGAUGCGGCCGAAGGUGGCGGCCCGCCGCGCCGAUGGCGGCCGGCCGGCGGCGCCCGAGCAGCCGCACGAGGAAGUCAUGCUGGAUUCGUUCGCCCGCAUGAGCGUCAUCAACCCACGGCUCUCGCAGGCCGAGCUGCGCGACUGCAUGCAGGACAAGCAGCUGAUCCGGAUCAGCCAGCUGGGGAGUCACGUCCGUGGGGAGGGUAUACCCGGUGACUGGGUCACCAUCGGCGUCAUCGCGCGCAAGUCCGAGCCGCGCACCUCACAGAAGGGCUCGACCUACUCCUCCUGGACGCUGACCGACCUCAUCGACUGCCAGAAGCCGGCCAAGGUGAUGCUGUUCGGGGACGCCCACGGCGGCCUCUGGAAGACCUCCGUCGGCACCGUGGUCGCGCUGGCCGGCUGCAAGGUCAUGAAGGAAAAAGAAAUGGACGGAUCAGGGAUAACUCUGUCCGUGAACUCCGCCAAACACUGCAUAAUGCUGGGCACUUCACCCGAUCUGGAUUUCUGCAAGGCCAAGUGUAAGAACGGCCGGAUCUGCCUGAGCUUCAUCAACAAGCGCCACUGCCCCGUCUGCGUGUUCCACAUGAACGCCGAGUAUAAGAAGACGGGCGCCAAGCGGGGCGAGCUGCAGUGCGAGGAGAGCCUGACAGCGAAGAAGAAGCAGUUGAGCUCGCUGGGUCUGAAGCACAUCUCUCAGGCGGAGGCCCGGGCCAUCGCGACCGUGGCCGAGGACAGCGUGGAGAUAGGUGAGAUGCUGCUGAAGCCUUGCGCCGGCGCGCGCAACCUGCUGAAGCACCUCACGGCCGAUGCGUCGGCUGUGGAGCUGGACGACGGCCGGCCCGGCGCCACCGCCGCCGCGCUCAACAAGGCCAGGGCCGUGGCCCUGCUCCGACAGUCGGGCGGCGUGAAGAAGGCGAACCCGAACGCUGUCCGCGCCCGAGCCAGCGGGCAGAGCCGGCAGGCCGUGCUGGAGCGCGUGGCGCGCCGGGUCGACGAGAACACUCCGGCGGACGCGACCGAGGUGCCCGCCCCGCCGGCGAAGCGGCCGCGGCUGGUGGACGAGCCGCGCUUCCGGGCCGUGCUCGAGGCGCGCUCGUCGCACGCGGCCGCGCUCGAAGCCGAACUCUCCGAGGGCCAGGAGCAUUACUUCCAGGCGCUCGAGAAGAAGGAGCUGAUCGAGAAUAAGAUGCUUAGCACGUGGGAGGUGAAGACCAAGGCCGUCUACUGUCGGAAGUGCAAGUACCGGGCGCUGUCCGCGUCUGACCUGUGCAAGUCUGAGGGCCACGGCACGGUGCUCGUGGACGCCGUCAAGCGGUUCUUCAGCUGCAAGAACUGCAAGAGCCGCACCAUCAGCCUGGACAAGCUGCCUCAGCUGCCCUGCAAGAACUGCGGCCAGGAGACAUGGGUCAAGGCGCCCAUGGGCAAGGAGCGGAGCGGGCCGAAGCUGGACAGCGAGAUCCUCUCCAUCCGCGGCAACGAGGCGGCCUUCAUGCACAGCCACGUGCCGGAGCGCAACAUCAACCUGGAGUUCUGAGACGGCCGCCGCUCGGGUACACAGUGUAUUCACCCACGCCACGUACCGACAUCAUCCAUGCUACAAAUGGAGGGCCCGGCACACGCGCCGACGGUGUGAUAAUGUGGUGUGUCCGCGCCCCUGUCCCCCGGCGUCCGCC